AGUGUUGGCUUGCUAUUUCAAAGUUACUUGUCAUAGAUUAUCCUUGUGUUUUAUUAGAGAUAGUUAAAAAAAUUUUUUUUCUUACCAUCUUCAAUAAUUAAUUUAAGCCAUGUGCAGAUGUUAGCUAUGGACAUUUUAGGACCAUCAUCAUUUGUUAAAACGAAUAGAAUUUAAAAAGAAAUUAUUUCUGGAUAUGUAGUUUUCCCAGAAAACAAGACCAUCCCCUUGUAUGUAGUGUUAUCUUAACUAAAGUUUUGGCUGCCUAACCUACUUCUUGAAAUUUUAUGGGGUCAUUCCACUCAUAUAUACUCUUAAAUUUAGUCACAUGGGACUAAUAGCAUUCACCAGCAUUUUAGAGGGCAAAAAAAGGAAGUAGUAGAUGCAAACGGAGUGGAAAUCCAGAAUCCAGAAGUAGGGGCAGUGCCCGGUUUUUGACCUGAUGUAUUAAUACUUAGGGCUGAGGAACGUGGUCCGUGGUUCAUGACUCUUAAUAUCUAAGGCCACUAACCUGCUGCAGCUGUCUCUGAGGCCAGCGCCUCCUGAGAACUUGUUAGAUAUGUUAGGGUACCUUACAAGGACUAGGUUUUCCACACCCUAAUGUGUCAGCCAUUCUUUGGCUGUUCUUCACUGUAUCGGGAACCUUCCCCUCGCCUUCAUCGCCUGGCAGUCCCAUGGGCUGCAUUUUACGGCGGAAGAGGCAAGGGACAGGUCUAGGCCUCGGCCUCGGCCCCGGCCCCACUCUGAUCCUUUGGUCCGGAUGCAGAUAAGUCCGCCUGGACCGAACUCCGGAAGUCCCCCGGGGAGGUGGCGGACUGGCUGCCUCUGUGGGCUGCAGUGAUCAUUAGCGAGGUGCCCAACAAAAGGGAGAACGCACAGUGCACAGCACAGAUGCCAGGUGGAAGGGAGGUGGGGCUUCGCCGCCCCGUGCCUCGCGUUUACUGUCCCAUAGCCAGGCCUCGUCAACCACGUGCACAGUCCCCUAAUUUUGGGGCUAAUGCUCCUCUGAGGUAAAAACCCUAAAAACCGGGGGCGGUAAGAUUAGAUUUCUCUUUCAAAUUGUAGCUUUCUUAAAAAUCUUGCAUCCAGGACACCGGCCACCCUAUUGCCCUUGGCAACCUGGGGCACCCGCGGAAGCGUUAAGGCUCCGUGCAGGGGCAGUGGGUGUGGCGGCCGGAAGUCCCUCCCACGGACGUGGGCCUGGACUGCUGGGCGGGAAACCCUAGCGAGCGUCGUGGCAGGUGGGCGGUGAUGAAGAAAGGGAGGAAGCCCCCGCUUGAGGGUAGACGCCACGGCCUUGGCUCCCGCGUGUUGGGGCCCUGCCUUACUGCGCUUGGAAACUCCGUAUGUUAGCGCCUGUGGAAGGCGGGUUGGGCCGGCCAGGAUGUCUUACCGUCCUGUCAGGCCCUUCUUAGCUCACGGGAGGAGAAGAGUCGAGUUGGGGGAACGGGGCCUUUAUGAGUAGGUGCCAGGCCCCAGCUGUAGUCCCCACAGCCUUUGGCGGGAAGAGACAGUUAUCACGAACCAUUUAGAGGCGUGUAGAGCCUGGCAGUAUUCGCCCCUGUUUCACUUCUGACUCCCCAGGCGCCUCCCCUGGUGACUUUGAUGUGUGGAGAGGGUGGGACCCACCCUUGAGGUCUUUUCUCAGAGCCAGGGCCAGGCGGCAUGUCCCACAGCACCUGAGCGGGAAGGGCCUGCUGAGGGGGCUGAUGGCUCUCGAGCGGCCCGCGCCGCUCACCAGUGCCCUGCUCCCGCGCAGGACUUGCAAGCCGUGGUCAGAGAGGAGCCUGGAGGGUCCACCUAAGCUCUGCACAAGGAAUUCCUCCAACUCUGUAGACGAAAUAUAAGGAAAAAGAAUAUAGACAAGCAUGGAAAGUGAAGACACAAAGAAAACACAAGAAAUGAAGACUGACCUGAACUUAUUAUUGGAGUGUCUAAAGUAUCAAAUGGACAAUGCUUUUUCACAAAAGGAAGCUUUGGUCACUAUUCAUUCAAUUUGUCAACAAAACAGUAAUGCAAGUGUUUAUUUUCGGGAAAUUGGUGGUUUGAUGUUUGUAAAAAAUCUUGCAAAGUCAAGUGAACAUAGCAUGGUAAAAGAAGCAGCCUUAUAUACAUUAGGAGCUAUUGCAGAAAAAAAUGUUUACUGUCAGCAGACUUUGUGUACUUCAGAGUUAUUUGAAGACUUAACUUGGUUCUUAUCUAAUGAUUCAAACAUAAAUUUGAAAAGAAUGUCUGUUUAUGUUAUUUUGGUUCUGGUUUCAAAUAAUAGGACCGGACAAACACUUGUGAGAGAAACAGGUUGUAUUACAGUUCUGUCACGGUUAUUCAGGACAGUUAUUUCAAAAUAUGAGUUGGAUUUGUCAGAUAAAAAUGUUUUCCAGAGUUAUCAGUUGUGGUCUUCAGUGUGUAGUACUCUGUGUGUCUGUGUCAACAAUCCUCAAAAUGAUGAGAAUCAAAUGUUUUGCUGUUCACUUUUUCCACAUGCUAAUGAAUGGCUAAAAAAUUGCAUGAAACCUGAGAUAAUUCGCCCUAUUUGCUCAUUUAUUGGACUCACUCUUGCAAAUAACACAUAUGUUCAGAAAUACUUCGUAUCUGUGGGUGGACUGGAUGUAUUGUCUCAAGUUCUCUUGCGACUGGAAUCUGAUUCACAUGAGACUCUUUCCAGUGCUAAACUUGCAGUGGUUGUGACAAAGACUGUGGAUGCAUGCAUUGCUGAUAAUCCUACUUUUGGGAUAGUACUCUCCAAGUACCACAUUGUUUCAAAACUUCUGGCAUUACUGCUUCAUGAAAGUCUGGAUUCAGGAGAAAAAUUUAGCAUCAUGCUUACUCUUGGUCAUUGCACAGAGGAUUGUGCUGAGAAAUUAUCUCUAAGUCUAGGAGAAUAUCCUUUUGAUGAAAAUGAAACACAGCAAUUAAAGGACAUAAAUGUGAAAGAGAAGAAUCUUGAAGAGCACUGGAGGAAAGCAAAGGAAAUUCUACACAGAAUAGAGCAGCUUGAAAGAGAAGGAAAUGAGGAAGAAAUACAAAGAGAAAACUGUCAGGAUAAUAUUUCAUCUAUGAACAUGAGUAUUCAGAAUACAUGGAAACAUCUCCAUGCAGAUCAUAUUGGUCGAGCUACCAAAGCAGAAGAUGAGGAUAAAAGCCAUUCUAGACAGUUUCAGAGUUAUAAGUCCCAUGGAGUCAUGUCUAAAGCAUGUACAAAUGAUGACCAAAUGAAGACACCAUUGAAGAGUGCAAAUCCAGUCCAUGCUUGUUAUAGGGAGAGUGAGCAAAAUAAGUCUUUAUAUAAAGCCAAGUCAAGCUGCAAUCAAAACUUACGUGAAGAAACUACUUUUGAAAAGAAUUUUAUUUCUCAAUCAAGUGACCAUGUUUUUAAACACCCAGUUCACAUUGCCAAAAAUAUAAAGCAGCAGUUACCAGUAACAGAUCCAUUUACAUUAUGUUCAGAUAUAAUAAAUAAAGAAGUAGUCAGUUUUCUAGCAACUCCCAGUUGUUCCAAAAUGUUGACGUAUAGGUGCUCAGGUUGCAUAGCAGUAGAAAAAUCCCUGAAUAGCCGAACCUUUAGCAAGCUCUUGCACUCUUGCCCAUACCAAUGUGAUCGUCACAAAGUCAUUGUGGAAGCUGAAGACAGAUAUAAAAGUGAACUAAGGAAAUUACUUAUCUGUAACAAAAAAAUUCUGCUGACCCCACGUAGAAGACAACAACUCAGUAAUGAAUCUACUACCCCUGGAAGAAUAAAAAAAAGAAGAGUUCGCAAAAACUUUACUGAAGAAGAAGUAAAUUACCUUUUCAAUGGAGUUAAGAAAAUGGGAAAUCACUGGAAUUCAAUUUUGUGGUCUUUCCCCUUUCAGCAAGGACGGAAGGCUGUGGACCUUGCUCACAAAUACCGCAAGCUGACCAAAAGCCCCAUGUAUGCAGCUUCUUCUUUGGAAGAAGACUGUCAGUUUAGUUUGGAUUUUUAAAAUACAGUGCCUUGAAAGAUACAACAUUUAAAGUAUUUUUCUAAACUCUCAUGAGAAGGAAUGUGGAAAUGAGGACACAGUUUUCAUUAAACAGUUUUUGUGAUGCUGAAACUCAUCAAGUUAUUACAAUGAUUUAUAAAGCAAAUGUAUCUCCAGUGUACAGAUUAGUAAGAUAAAAUUCCUUCGUAAGAUCAAACAUUUGUUUAGGAAUAUGCUUUUAUUUUUCCUUAAGCUUAAAUGACAUAGAGAAAAGAAUGAUCAGCCUUUAAACGUUAUUUGACAUUAUAUUGCAAUAAAUACUAUGUGAGACAUUUGGAUUUUAUACGGUACAAAAGUCCCUCCCUAGAAUUCAGAAAGAAUAGUUCCCCAAGCUGUUUAACUAAGGUUCCCACACACUAAAUCAAUAUUUGACAUUUUGUUAAUUAAAACGUUUCCUUGGCUGUGGUGGUGGCUCAUAUUUGUAAUCUCCCACUUUGGGAGGCCAGUGUGGGAGGAUCACUUGAGGCAAGGAGUUUAAGACCAGCCUGGGCAACAUAGU